CCCAAUAACUCCGGAGGUGGUGUUCUAUGCUCACAAAGAUUCUUGAAAACAGAGUCUGAAACGGAGUGGACUUCUUUACAAAGUAUAAAAGGAGAGAGAGAGAAAGCCAGAGUAUGGAGUCUAAUCACAAUCAUCAGCAAAACAAGCCGAUUAUGAUGGCUAAUCAUAAUCAGCAAAACAACAAGCCGAGUCUCAUGGCUCCUGGUAUCACAAACCAAGUCAUGAUUUCAAAUAUAAACCCUGCAACACAAUUACUACAAGCCCUGAACGUACCAAGAAGCAACACAAUAAGUACAUAUUCAUCACCACCAAGUGUGGUUAUUGAUCCUCCUGAACCUGAUCUUGACGAUGAAGAAGAGCAAGGGGAAGAACCUAACCAACAAUCUGAAGAGGUGGAUGAGGUGGGUUUAAAGAGAAUACUCUAUAAAUUGCUUCUUGAGUUUGAUGAAGAACCAGAGAAACAGUACCACAACUUUGAUAAUGUAGUUCCCCCACCUGGCUAUAAGUUCAGCCCCAGUGACUUUGAUCUCAUCAUUUCUUAUUUGGUCAAGAAGUGCUUGAAUAUACCCCUGCCUUGGAAUUCGAUGGUGGAUGUUGAACUCUAUAACCACAGCCCUGAGUGGCUUGCAGAAGAGUACAAGAAAUAUGAUGAACAAGAGGAAUUGUACUUUUUUACUCCAAGGUAUCGAAAGUAUCCAAAUGGAAAACGUCCAGAUAGAGCUGCAGGUGAUGGAUAUUGGAAGGCUACUGGAGCUGACAAAGAAAUUGAAUCCAAUAAGGGAAUUACAGUUGGGUAUAAGAAGACACUUGUUUUCUAUAGAGGAAAAGCUCCAAGUGGUGACAAGACCAAUUGGAUCAUGUACGAAUAUAAAAUUAAGCAUCCUCCUCUAACUAGAAGUAGUGAAAAUGACAUGAGGUUGGAUAAAUGGGUUUUGUGUAAAAUUUAUGAGAAAAAUGGGAGCAAAUCAUCAAGCAAGGCUAAUACUCGAAAGGCUUGUUCCAAAUCUUCACGUGCUAAUGAUAGGGAUGAGCCAAUGACAAAUGUUGAUCCAACACCAAUUAAGCGUCAUAUAAAUCAGUCCUUCCACCAAAAUGCACAUGUUCAUGCUCUUGCUAAUCAAAUUCAAGCAAUGGCUAGCAAUAAUGGAACUCUUCAUCCUGCUCAUAUGGGGGCUAGUAGGUUCCCUUUUGAUCAGUCUCGAGCAAUAUUGGCUGGCAAUUAUGGAACUCCUCCUGCUCAUAUGGCUAGUAUGUUACCUGAUCAAUGUCAAGCAAUGACUAGAAGGUUCCCAAAUCAGUCUCAAGUAAUGGCUAUCAAUCAUGGAAUUGCUCCUCUGGCUAAUAUGUUCCCUAGUCAAUCUCGAGUAAUGACUAGCAAACAUGGAACUCCUCCACCUGCUCAUAGCAAUCAUGGAACUCCUACACCUGCUCAUAUGGCUAGUGGGCUCCCCAAUCAGCCUCGAGCAAUGACUAGCAAUCAUGGAACUCCUCCACCUGCUCAUAUGGCUAGUAGGUUCCCUAAUCAGCCUCAAGCAAUGACUAGCAAUCAUGGAACUCCUCCACCUGCUCAUAUGGCUAGUAGGUUCUCUAAUCAGCCUCGAGCAAUGGCUUUCAAUCAUGGAGCUAGUAACUUCCAUAAUCAUUUUCAACCAAUGGCUGGCAAUCAUGAAACUCCUCAGGCCUUUGAACCAUUUUACUCUAGGAAUCCUCCAAUGCAUUCUUCACAAUCAAGUGCAAUUUUUGUCGAAUCUGAAAAUUCUAUACAGAAAGGUGAUGAGCUCAGUUCCUAUAUGCGGCAUUCAAACUUUUCUACAACUGAAUCAACUGGGUACAUGCCUUCGACUUCAACCUUUUCUACAAAUGAAAGGAGUGAUCAAGACUCGGAUGUUAUUUUAAUCUGUCCUUCAAAUGAUACGAAUGGAUACCUGCAAUCUAUACCAAAUGCAUUGAGUGGACAUCAAAAAGACGACACUUCAAAUCCUAGGGGCUACAACAAUUAUCAAAUGGAUGAUGAAAUCCCAAAUAAGCAUCAAAUGCCUUCAGAUUAUCAUAAUCCAUGUAAAUGAUUAUUACUAGCAACUUAGGGUCUCUUUGAAUGUUUAGUAUGAUACUAGCUAAUUAAGAACUUUUUACGAAUCCGGAUUGGUUAAUUUGAACUUUCAUUUGGUUUCAUUA